AUGUCUUACACAACGAACCCUCGUACACCCCAACCCGGUCCCGAGACCGCUCCACGCGAAGCCACGGGCCCUGUCGCUUCAGACUCGCUGGCCGCCGAGUCACUUGACGCCGAAGGCGCAUUCUCCGCCAACCCAUCUGCAGCCGCAAUGGGCGUGCGAGGUGCACAAUCAACACUGGCGAACACCGACAUAUCAGGUGCGAGCGUUCUGCGCGCUGCGCCAUCUGGUGCGGACCGAGAGAAAAUGGACGCGUUGGGCGCCAGGCCCGACGAACGGGGUCCCUCAGGCCUCAAGCUCGAUACACCUGGCAAACCGGUCUUCGACGGCACGCACAGCGAAGAGGGAUAUCAUGGUGGCAGCCGUGAUACAAAUGGUCUGCUGAGUCAAGGUAGUACGCGGGUCGGGGACAGUGAUUUCGGUGCCUCCACAGUGUCUAGUCGCGACACCGUGCACUCCCAUUUCAGAUCGACUGGGCCGGGCUUUGAGUCGACAUCCAGUUCCAUUUCUUCGUUCCCGGCAGAGUGCACGGACGUGCAUCCCCAUGUGCCUCAGGCGCCCGGGUAUACAGCCAACGUCACAGGCGCGGCGAUGCCGGAAGGGACGUAUAAGCCUAAAGGCAGUAAUUUGGAUGAUGCGGAUCUCACGGAGUCGAUGCCCAAGACUAAGACGUUCACGGGUAACGUGGGUGGCGUGAAUGAUCCAGGUAGGCCGGCAGAGAGGGAAUUCGAUUCCCGAAAUGCAGAUGUCGCCACGGAGAUUGCGCAGGCUGGUGUUAGGGGCGGGAGAGUCAGACAGAAUGGGCAGGGCGCCGGUGAGGAAGGAGGUAUUUAUGGGGUCAUGAGCAGUGAGAGGGCGUGA